CCUGUUUUAUAGUCCUAAUAUCUCUGUUUUUAGAAUAUAGGUACAAUAUGAAAGCUUCCAUAGUUGCAUUUGCAAUUUUGGUUAUCAUAUUUAUUGAUGCGUCAAUAGCUGAUAAGAAAAAAUUACAAAUUGGUGUGAAGAAAAAGAUUGAAAAUUGUACAAGAAGAUCAAAAAAAGGAGAUGUUUUAAAAAUGCAUUACACGGGAAAGCUUGAGGAUGGGACAGAAUUUGACAGCAGUAUCCCAAGAGGGGAACCGUUAUCAUUUACUUUAGGAGCUGGUCAAGUCAUUAAGGGCUGGGAUCAAGGGUUACUAAACAUGUGCGAAGGGGAAAAGCGCAAACUUUCGAUUCCAUCAGAUCUAGGAUAUGGUGACACUGGCUCUCCACCAAAAAUUCCAGGUGGUGCAACAUUGAUAUUUGAAGUGGAGUUAGUGAAAAUCGAAAGAAAAACUGAACUUUAAAACGUCGUCAUUUAUGCGUUUGCUUUCUUAAUACAAUUUUUACAUGAUGUAAACGAGUUACUUAGAAUAUACCUCAAAUUGUCA